AUGUCGUCCUACCGAUACAAUGGCCCCAGACCACUUAAGGCUUUAAAGGUCUCUAGCCUUUUUAAGGAUGGUACAAUCGGAAGUGACAUCAACAUUGUCGUUGUGAGCCUUCUUCUUUUGGAACAAGAACCUGGUGGACUACUGAUUAACCAUCAUGCGGACCAGUCACUAAACAGCUUCUGUCAAUGGCAGUCUGCUCUGGUUGGAAAGAAUGGAAAGCGUCACGACCAUGCCAUCUUGCUUACUGGAUUUGAUAUCUGCUCCUGGAAGAAUGAACCAUGUGACACGUUAGGUUUUGCUCCCAUCAGUGGAAUGUGCAGCAAAUACCGCAGUUGUACCAUCAAUGAAGACACUGGGCUUGGCUUGGCAUUUACUAUUGCUCAUGAAUCCGGACAUAACUUUGGCAUGAUCCAUGAUGGAGAAGGGAAUCCUUGCAGAAAAGCGGAAGGUAACAUCAUGUCUCCCACUCUCACAGGCAACAACGGAGUGUUUUCGUGGUCAGCGUGCAGUCGGCAGUAUCUUAACAAAUUUCUCAGUACAGCUCAAGCGGCUUGCCUGAUCGAUGAACCCAGACAAACUGGGGACUACGAAUAUCCUGAUAAACUCCCAGGGCAAAUCUACGACGCUGACACACAGUGCAAAUGGCAAUUUGGAGGGAAAGCCAAACUCUGCAACCUGAGUUUUGUGAAGGAUAUAUGCAAAUCACUUUGGUGUCACAGAGUAGGUCAUCGAUGCGAGACAAAAUUCAUGCCAGCGGCUGAAGGAACAACUUGUGGGAUCAGCAUGUGGUGUCGACGAGGUCAGUGCAUACGGUAUGGAGACCACGGUCCCAAACCUGUUAAUGGCCAGUGGUCCAUCUGGUCUGAGUGGUCCCAAUGUUCCCGGACCUGUGGAGGUGGCAUAACAUACCAAGAAAGACACUGCAAUAAUCCAAAGCCUCAGUAUGGUGGAAAGUUUUGUCAGGGUUCAAAUCGUAUUUAUCAACUGUGCAAUAUUCAGCCAUGUGCAUCUAAUAGCCCUGACUUCCGAGCCCAGCAGUGUGCUGAGUAUAACAGCAAGCCUUUCCGUGGAUGGUAUUACAAGUGGAAACCUUACAUGAAAGUUGAAGAGGAGGAUCGGUGCAAACUGUACUGCACUGCGGAAGACUUUGACUUUUUCUUUGCAAUGUCCAGCAAAGUGAAAGACGGAACUCCGUGCUCUCUCUACAGAGACGAUGUGUGCAUCGAUGGCAUUUGUGAACAAGUAGGGUGUGAUCGUCGGCUCGGAUCCAAAGCUGUUUUGGAUGCUUGUGGAGUUUGCAAAGGAGACAAUUCAACAUGCAAGUUUUUUUCUGGCCAUUACUUGACCCAGCACAAAACAAAUGAUUAUUAUCCAGUGGUUACCAUUCCAGCAGGAGCUCGCAGUAUUGAAGUCCAGGAAUUACAAAUGUCCAGCAGUUACCUUGCUGUCCGCAACAUGAACAGAAAGUAUUACCUAACGAAGGACUGGACAAUUGACUGGCCAGGAAAAUUCCAUUUUGGUGGGACUAUCUUUGAUUAUCAGCGUUCGUUCAACCUUCCAGAGAGACUUUCCGCCAUUGGGCCAACUAAUGAGACCCUGGUCUUUGAAAGAAUUACCAGUGACAACUACAGCUCCAUGUUGCUUUCCUCCAACAAAUUAAAGAGUGUGUAG